AUGUACACCAAGGUCUUCACCGCGGCCGUUGCCGUCCUCUCCUUCGCCUCAGUCGAAGCCGCCAUCCUUCCACGCGCAACUAUCACGCCUGGAACCGUCGUCCUCCCCGAAGUCAUCUUCAACCCAGGCGAGCUGACAGACCCGCUCUACACCGCGCUGAACAUCCUCCGCGGCGACAUCCUCAAGACCACGACCUUAGCCGGCGACCUCACAAAGACCGUCGGAACAACAGUAAAGGAUAGAACCGACCAAGUCAACGCUGUCAUCCGCCAAGUAACAAGCAACACGAACAGCAUCCGCACCAGAGUCGGCACAGUCGUCGGCAACCUCCUAGGCGUCGUCCCCUCAGGCCUCCCCGCCCCGUCCGCGACCUCCGCCGCGCCCCCCUCCGUGCCCACGGCCGAAGUCGUCCGGAUCGCCCAGGACGUCGUCCUCCAGGCCCAGCUGCUCGCCCGCCAGGCCACCGCCCAGCUGCAGAACCUCCAGGCCCAGGCCAACGCCGUCGCCGACCCCGUCUCCAAGGCCGCCUACACCCUCGCCUACACGCAGGCCAACCUGGCGCUGCAGAUCGCGCUCAGCACCGUUGCUGCCUCGGCGUCGACUGCGCUUACGGCCGUGGCGAACGCUGCUGGUAAUGCCAAUGGUCUUGCUGAGCGUAUUCGCAACAUUCAGGCCAAGCUGAACCCUGUUCUCGUUGUUGGUGUCACUCCUGAUGUUACCUUUUAA